AGGAGGGAGAAGCACAUGAUUUGGAUGUGAGUGACUCAACAACACUCAGGUGUGGCCUGAAGACUUCGGGCCGUUGACCAGUCUCAGGCUCCAAACUUUCCUGAGUCAUCCCUCCGGAACCAAGACGUCUGUAACGGUCAACAGAUCCUCUUAUUCUCCUUCCGACUGACCUCCUUCCGACUGACCAAGUCAUCGUUUUGUAGCACGACGCGUUUGAAAUAAGCAUAGAAACUUAACUACUCUCGAGGAAAUCUUCCUAUACAGUUAUCUAGCUGAGUUGUGUUUUGUGUUUAUCCAAUUUUUAUGAGAAAGUAACUUUUAACUUCGUCUGUGGGCGAGCGGCUAGCUAAUAUAGCAAUCCCCGAAGAUCCCGGAUACAAACGAAUGUAGCCUCAGCUCAGGCAGUCACUGCAGAUCAUUGCGGGUGAUAAUGUCCUCUGGUUACAUGGUAGGUAAGUGUGUUCAACCCACAUUUCUAUGGUUUAACUAAAGCAAACGUUGUGGUUUGUGUCAUCAACUGUUUUUGAGUAGUUUGCGAUUGUAGCUAAUUUAGGAAGUGUGUUAUUGUUGCGACCUAGCCAGCUUGUUUUUCUCACAGACAGCUGACGAUUGUAGGUUUGGGUAGGGACUAGGGAGGGACCCUUUCCCAGGGUUUUCAGUAAUGUUUUCAUUGAUAAUCACGAUGAAGAAGAAGCCCUAGCAAAUAUUUUAACUUUGUACCAAUGUGUCAGGAUUCACUUUCAAGAACUAACUCGCCCGCCUCAUGUACUCUUUCCUGUUUUUAUUAUGGAACAAAAAAGUCCUCAGUUCUUUCGCCCUAAAUCGGCGACGCGGACAGAUUUGAGGGAUUCUUGAGCUGGCCCUGAAAAUACUUUAACUUAGUCAAUAUCAAAUAAAAAAAAAUGUAUGAUACCUAUACCCUCUCUACUAUUUAACCCUAUAACCUUUCCCCCAACAUUUUGUUUUAACCUCUUCCCAAUCCAUUUCACCUUCAACCAUAUAUAUGCAGGCUGAUGUUUCAUAUAGGUGUGGUUCAGAUAGGCCUAUAUUUAAUGAGUGUGUGGAGAGAGGGCAAACGGUUGGAAACAUUAAAUUUAGAGACACAGCUGUUCUAGUGAACAGGGAGGGGAGGGUGCAUACAGGGACUGGGUUGGCAUAUGGUCAGGGAAUUUUUGACAAUGACAGACUACAGGUUAAUGUCUCCUUGUGCUGUCCCUGUAUAUUGUCAUUGAUAAAUGUGCCAUACAGACUUUAUUUUUCAGGGUAAGGUCCAAACAAGGGAACUGAGGAAAGCCUGAAACAAACCAAAUACUGUGAGGUGCCCACCAUUUCUCCUCCCAUAGCUCAGAGAGGAAGUGAAACCAAGGGAUUGAGACCGAAGCAGUUCAAUGGAUGAAAACGUUGCAUGGACUGUAGAUUGAAAGAGGAAGAACGCUCUCAGAUUUUUGCUUUCGGUCUCUGCUUGUCCAACCUUUAAGGCCCCUCUGCUUGUUAUUUUGUUCCUUGUAAGAGGUGCGUGAUAACUUGACAGCGAGACCGUGGGAAAAGCAAGAGUGGUAACUGAGAAGAGCAGUGACGUGAAUCCUUACAUCCAUAGGCUACCCACUGGAAUAUCUAAGUAUUAGCUAAUCAAGCAACAACAAUCUGUGUACCUUGGACACAUAGACCAACAACUAUGAGCACUUUCAGGUGCUCAUGGAGGAAGUGACUGACUCUGCCAGGCCGCAAUGUGAUGAGGAUAGUCUCUUUGCCCUUGUAGAGUUUCAAGUGUCAGAAGUCCUUCUCCGUCUGUCACUACAGUCCAACUUUAAGGGGGGGAAAAACACAUUUCUGCACUGGACUGGUGGAAAGAGAACUUAGGUGAACCUGUGAUGAGUCGGAAUGUGGUGCUGCAAUGAACUGGGAAUCCCCUUACUGGAGUUAGUGGGAGGAACUGGAACUGAGGUGGAACCAGAACCAACAGAGGCCUUAGCACGACAACAGAAUGCCAUGUACUAAACUGGAAAUACGCUUUGAAUUAACUGGUAAUUAUUGCACUUUGGCGGUAACAGGAAUCGUUUGUAAUAUUGAUUAAGAAUUCUGGAGUGGACUGGAACUGAUCUGGGAAAUAAACUGGAAAUGAAAUUGCAAUGCAAGUGUUUUGAGGAUGUUUUCUGUACAAAAUCUUCUUCCAUUCUGAACUGGUAGCAUUGGGGGGGGGGAAAUACUGUUUCAUCCUGGGAUUUGGGAAGACUGGAAUCUAUUCCUGUGGAACUGCAUUUAUUGGGAGAGAAUUACUGAAACCAACAGAGCACUGUCUGCAGAAAUGGCGGGGCCGGGAAAGGACUACAACCAUCUCUUCAAACUGCUCAUCAUUGGAGACUCCAGUCAGUGCAUCUUAACUUCCUCCUUCAUACAAAGUUCCUGUGGUCCCUUAGUGCUUACUCUGUCUGUGUUGAAAUAGUAGUGCAAUUCAAGUGUAGCUGUGCUGUGACACUGAUGUUUAGCAGGCAGCUCAUAUUGUGUGAUUUAACGGACUAGGUUAAUAUUACUGUUUAAGCUCCUUAGUAACACAGCAAAUAUCAGUCAAUCUGCUUAUCAUUGGGUGAUUAUGAUGGACAUGCCUCACUUACUCACCAAGCUUACAGCUCUGAUGACUGAUGAAGGAUAAUUAUUUGUCGCUAACUCUUCAGAAAAUAUGAUAGAUUUUAAAACAUUUACUCAUGAUGUAGUGAUAUGCCUGAUAGUAAUGUAGCCUGAUACUGUAUACUCAGAAGUGAAUGAAGAGAGGCCUAAUCACCUUACCUCUCAUCCCUGUCUGACCUCUCUGUUCUAGAUGUAGGGAAAAGCAGUCUACUACUACGAUUUGCAGAUAACUCCUUCUCUGGUGAGUUGCUGUUCUCUAUCUGGUCAAUAUAUACUAUUAAAUGAUGUGAAUGUGUGAGUGGUUAGGAACUGUGUUUCCUAUAUUUUCUUCAAGAGUGUGUUUCUAACCUCUCUGCUUUGGCCUGCAGGUAGCUACAUCACUACGAUCGGCGUGGACUUUAAGAUCCGUACGGUGGACAUCGACGGGGAGCGAGUCAAACUGCAGAUCUGGGACACGGCGGGCCAGGAGCGCUUCAGGACCAUCACCUCAACGUAAUCCAUCAUCUAUAUCAAUAAUCUAUCUACAUGUAUAGAAGCUAGACAUCAAUAUGUCAAUACAAACGCUGUUUAUGACCACAGUUGGUUCUGAAACCCACUGUCAGAUUUAGGCUCAAUUUCAGUUUCUUUCUUUGUUUUAUAGUCAUUAACUCAGUUAAGUGCUAUUGAUACCAGCCCUGGACAGAGUGCCAGCCAACGAUAACUGUCCCCUGAAAAACAAUGCCAUGAUUUCCUGUUUUUAUACACUGCUCUUUACAAUCCUUUGCUAUUUUCCCCUUUCUCCCUCUCCCUGUUUCUCCUACCAGGUAUUACAGAAAUACCCACGGUGUGAUUAUUGUUUACGACGUCACCAACCCAGAGUCGUUUGUGAACGUGAAGAGGUGGCUUAAUGAGAUCAGUCAGAACUGUGACAGCGUCUGUAAGAUCCUGGGUGAGUUUGGUGUGCUGAGGUGAUGGAUUGAUGGAUGAAGAGAAAGAGUAGAUUGGAUGAAUGGAUAGAAAAUUAGGAAUAAGGAAAAUUCACUGAGGAAUGACUUUGACUUCCAGUCCAAUGUGCUAGCGUUAUGCCUGAUUGUGAACUGAUAGACAUACACUAUAUAUCCAAAAGUAUGUGGACACCCUUUCAAAUGAGUGGAUUCGGCUAUUUCAGCCACACGCCCGUUGCUGACAGGUGUAUAAAAUUGAGCACACGGCCAUGCAAUCUCCAUAGACAAACAUUGGCAGUAGAAUGGCCUUACUGAAGAGCUCGGUGACUUUCAACGUGGCGCCGUCAUAGGAUGCCACCUUUCCAACAAGUCAUUUAGUCAAAUUUCUGCCCUGCUAGAGCUUCCCCGGUCAACUGUAAGUGCUGUUAUUGUGAAGUGGAAACGUCUAGGAGCAACAACGGCUCAGCCGUGAAGUGGUAGGCCGCACAAGCUCACAGAAUGGGACCGCCGAGUUCUGAAGCGCAUAAUAAUGAUCUGUCCUCGGUUGCAACACUCGCUACCGAGUUCCAAACUGCCUCUGGAAGCAACGUCAGCACAAUAACUAUUCAUCGGGAGCUUCAUGAAAUGGGUUUCCAUGGCCGAGCAGCCUCACACAAGCCUAAGAUCACCAUGCGCAAUGCCAAGUGGUGUAAAGCUCGCCGCCAUUGGACUCUGGAGCAGUGGAAAUGGGUUUUCUGGAGUGAUGAAUCGCGCCUCACCAUCUGGCAGUCCGACGGAAUAAUGGUCUGGGGCUGUUUAUCAUGGUUUGGCCUAGGCUCCUUAGUUCCAGUGAAGGUAAAUGUUAACGCUACAGCAUACAAUGACAUUCUAGACGAUUCUGUGCUUCCAACUUUGUGGCAACAGUUUGGGGAAGGCCCUUUCCUGUUUCAGCAUGACAAUGCCACCAUGCACAAAGCGAGGUCCAUGCAGAAAUGGUUUGUCGAGAUCGGUGUGGAAGAACUUGACUGGCCUGCACAGAGCCCUGACCUCAACCCCAUCGAACACCUUUGGGAUGAAUUGGAAUGCCGACUGCGAGCCAGGCCUAAUCGCCCAACAUCAGUACCCAACCUCACUAAUGCUCUUGUGGCUGAAUGGAUGCAAGUCCCUGCAGUAAUGUUCCAACAUCUAGUGGAAAGCCUUCCCAGAAGAGUGGAGGCUGUUAUAGCAGCAAAGGGGGGACCAACUCCAUAUUAAUGCCCAGGAUUUUGGAAUGAGAUGUUCGACAAGCAGGUGUCCACAUACUUUUGGUCAUGUAGUGUACUAUGCUGUCCAAAACCUAUUUUAUUCAUCCCCACUUCUCUCUCUUGCCAUCCCUCAGUGGGGAACAAGAAUGACGACCCCUCCAAGAAGCAGGUGGACUCCCAGGAUGCAAUGUGUUUCGGGGAGUCGGUGGGCGUCCGGGUGUUUGAGACGAGCGCCAAAGAAAACAUCAACGUGGAAGAGGUGAGCCUAGCAGCCAUGUUCUAAACCCUGGGGGCACCUCAGUCGCUUCCUCCUAGUAAUAAUAAUAAAAUAAAAAUAGUCAGCUCCAUCAAAAUAAAACUAAAGCCUCAAAUCUCCCGGAUGUCUUUGGGAAAGCUGAGCUUGGGACCUGAUAUGUCACAGCAUUUCUUAUUACUGUUGUGUGUCCUUUUAUAAAACGGUUAUCUUAUUUCACCUUAGUCAUGGCGGUCACUCCCUUUCCAAGGAAUAGCACUUCCGUGUGUACUGCUAUGUAUCAGGGUGUGUAUGUAUUUUACAGUCAUUGCCCUGUCUCUCUCCUUCACCUUCUACCUCUCCCGCUCCCCCUCUCUCUCUCCCACUACCCAUCUCUCCUUCCUUCUCUCAGAUGUUUAUGGCGUUCACUCACAUGGUCCUUCGGACAAAGAAGCAGAGUCAGAGUCGUGCAGAGAGAGAGCGGGAACGAGAGAAGGAAACGGUCGACAUCAACUCUCACAGACACAGAGAGAGGAGGAAGAGGGGGAAGAAGUGUUGCUGAGGGAGAGAAAGGGAGGAGAUUUCUAAGAACAGGACAGACCAAUGGAGAGUCGAGCAUCCAAAGUCUGUCUGCACUCAUGGGAAAAGAGCCAGGACAUUACAUGUUGACAUUGCACUGAGACAAGAUUCCAAGAUGUUAAGGACGUGCUGAAUUUUUACCUUAGCAGUUAUUUUUAUGAAUGUAUAUUAAUGUCAUUUUAUCAUUAA